AUGUUUCCAUCCAGCUCGAACGGCGAUGCCUCUCUCAAAGGUCCUUAUGAUAAUAUUGCGGAUGCCUUGCGUUAUGAAGCAAAACGCAACGCGGAGGGCAUUGUGACCUAUCCGCUCAACGACUUCAAUGACCCAUCAUCGGCGCAGCAUCUUUCUUACAAAGAUUUGCUAAACCAAGCCGAGGACAAUGCCUGUCGGCUACGACAGCGCGGGAUCUCCGCGUCCGGAGUCACAGUGCUACUGCACUUUGAGACCAACCUCGACAGCAUCGUCUGGUACUGGUCUGUUCUCUUGACGGGAGCAAUUCCUGUUAUUACUGGGCCUGGAAUGUUCAGCCCAAAUGCGGGAGACAGAAAAAAGCAUCUCAUUCAUCUUUACAACACGCUUGGUGCACCGAACUGUCUCACACGGGAAACUCUAAAGGCUCCAUUCGCAGAGCAAAGCGGAGACAGGCGUAUUGAGUGCUUCACCAUAGAAGACCUGGUUAAAGAUCCAGUCACUGCCGCCUUCUCCGCGUUGCAGCCGUCUUCGUCUGAUACCGCGGCUCUGAUGCUCACGUCCGGCAGCAGUGGUCAGGCUAAAGCGGUGCCGCUUACCCAUCGGCAGCUACUAGUGGCCUUCCGGGGAAAGUCAGCAGUGGCGAAGCUACGGUAUCCUCAAAGCCCAUUUCUAUCAUGGGUGCACAUGGAUCAUGUCGCAAACUUGGUUCAUUGUCACCUUUUCGCCAUUGUGUCUGGUAUUUCGCAAAUUCAGGUUUCUGCUGCCGACGUACUGGUCGAUCCCGUCCAGUGGCUGAAUAUCCUCAGCCGGCAUCGCGUAUCGCGCACAUUUGCACCUAACUUCCUCUUUUCCAAGCUGCGGCGGCAGCUUGCUGCUGGAAGAACUGAAGGAAUAGACGCAGACCUGAAUCUCGAGACACUGUAUCUAGACACAGGAGGCGAGGCAAAUGUUAUCCAGGUUUGCGUGGCGCUUCAAGAGCUUCUUAAACCAUACGGAGUUCCCGAGGAUGUUUUCCACCCUUCCUUUGGCAUGACAGAGACUUGCGCCGGUUGCAUAUUCAACUCUCGCUGUCCCAGCGGUGACCGUGGGGAUCAUUAUGAGUUCGCGUCUCUGGGUCAGCCAAUGCCUGGGGUUCGAAUGCGGAUUACCCGUCUCGAUGGGUCAGGGGAAGAAGCCGAGUCCGGGGAGCGAGGCAGCCUGGAGGUGACGGGUGAAGCUAUUUUCGAGGGGUAUCACAAAAAUGAGACGGCUACAGCCGAGGCCUUCACUACUGACGGCUGGUUCCGGACAGGCGAUCUUGCCUAUAUUGACUCCAAGGGCAAUUUGCAUCUAGACGGCCGCACGAAAGAAAUGAUAAAUAUCAACGGUGUCAAAUACCUGCCUCACGAGCUGGACUCAGCACUAGAGCAGGCUGAGAUUCCAGGCGCCACGCCGAGCUAUUUCUGUUCCUUUAGCACCCGUGAUGCCACCAUGGAUACUGAGGCCUUGGUGGUAUUAUACUUGCCGUCCUUUGACGAAGACGAUGAUCAGUCGAGAUUUGAGACCCAUAGCAGUAUCGUCCGGGUGGCCAGUUUACACACUCAUUCGCGGCCUCAGGUAGUACCGUUGGGUCUCCAGGACAUGCCUAAGAGUACAUUGGGCAAGCUAUCCCGCACAAAGCUGCAAGCAGCCCUCGAGAGCGGUCAAUUCAGCAAACAGCAAGCGCGUAAUGAUGCAGCGAUCAAACGCUAUCGCCAGCAAACGCGCGGUGAGGUUGAGACGACGAAGGAAGCCGUUAUUCUUGAUAUUGUUCGAGACCAGCUGGAGGUAUCUACAGACGAUGACUUCGGGGUGAACGACUCUGUACUUGCCACGGGGGCGACUUCCAUGGACCUGGUGGCCAUCAUGCAGCGCAUAAACCGAAAGCUCGGUCUUUGCCCAGCAUUACGUCUGACAGAUGUGCUCAACCACCCCACCGUCAAAGGUCUCGCUGGUCGCAUUGCCGUUACUACCGGGCAGGCACCUCACGAGUAUGAUCCAGUCGUCACCCUUCAGCCGUUCGGUCAUAAGACGCCGCUCUGGCUGGUUCAUCCGGGUGUUGGUGAAGUACUUGUGUUCGUCACGCUAGCCCACCACAUAACCGACCGCCCCGUGUAUGCCUUCCGAGCCAAGGGCUUCAACGCCACAGAAGGAGAGACCCCUUUCAAGUCACUGAAUGAAGUGUUUGAGACGUAUCGCUCGGCUAUUAAAAAGCGUCAACCGCAAGGGCCCUACGCGAUUGCUGGCUACUCAUUCGGGGGCAUGGUAGCGUUCGAAGUUACCAAAUUGCUGGAGCGGGAUGGUGAUGAGGUGCGCUAUUGCGGUAGCUGGAACUUGCCACCGCAUAUUAAAUUCCGUAUGCGCGAACUCCUGUGGGACGAGUGCGUUAUCCAUCUCUUCUAUUUCGUCGGGCUGAUGGACGAGGCCACGGCGUAUACACAUAAGCCUGCUCUUUGCGCCUUCGAGCGGGAGAAUCGUCGAUUGGACGCGAUCCGCUAUCUCCGUCAGCACUGUGACGCAGCCCGCUGGGAUGAGCUGGGCCUGCCGGAGGAAUACUACCUCCUAUGGGUCGGCCUAGCCUCAAACAUGCAGGGCAUGGCCGUUGACUACGAGCCUGAAGGCAGUGUGCACUCUAUGGAUGUUUUUGUUGCCGACCCCUUAAGUCAUGUGGCAAAAGACCGUAAGGACUGGGUCGAGAGUCGGCUGGCGGCGUGGAAGGACUUUGUGCGAGAGGAUGUUCGCUUUCAUGAUGUCCAAGGGGCUCAUUAUACUAUGUUGAACCCGGAAUACGUAGCCAAUUUUGCGAACACGUUGAGGGCCGUACUUAAGGAACGGGGGGUAUAA